AUGUCUACUGAAUUGAAUCCAAUUGAUAUGAAACAAUCAUCACCAACAACUGAUGAAUCAAUGAAAGUAGAUCUAAUAAAAAUGGAUGAUAAUUUAAAAUCAAAUAUAACAUGUGAAUUAUAUGAUACAUUAAUAGAUCCAGAAUGUAAAAAAUCUAAAUUAUCCGAUGUUUGGGAAACAAGUCAUACACCUCCAUUAGAAUGUCAAGAAUAUGAUUCGUUAAAAGUUAAAAAAGAUCUAUACAAAGAUGUUACUAUCAAUGCAGAUGUUGUUGAUGAUGGCGAUGGUGAUAAUUUGAAAAAAUUCCGUGAUACAGAAAAAACUGUAUCAUGUUAUAGACAUACAGAUGAUUAUGAAAUAUAUCAUUCUAGUAUUGAAAAAGAUAUUUGUACAGAAUUGGAUAAUCCUAUGUACAUACCAAUUAAAUUACCAUUGAGUAGUAAUUUAUAUGUUCCAAUAUAUUAUGUACAGUCGAGUGAAGAAACUUCACCUAAAUUAAAUAAACAUAAUUUGGAUUUUAAUGACUUAAAUAAUAUCCAUAAGGAUUCUAUUAUUAAUAAUAAUAAUAAUAAUAAUAUCAAAUCAAAGGUAAGUCAUAAAUAUCGAUUAAAUUCUCAUGAUAACCUAAGUAAACAAGAGGAAUCUCAACGACUAACUAGUGAUUAUCAUAUAAAUAUUAAUAAUCAGGGAUAUGAAAAUUGUUUAUCAAAAUAUGAUACAACUAAGCCAGAACCUAAUCCUUAUGAUUUAGAAAUAUGUAAUGUACAGACAGAAUUAAAUGAACCAUUAAUAAAAACAAAACAUUUAGAGAAAUCAAAAACUAGUAAAGUGUUAUUAAAACAAAAAUUACAUUUUAUGAAGCCAAAAUUAAAAAUGAAUAUGAAUAAUACAGAAAAUGAAAUUGUUAUAACGGAUAGUCAGGGAAAAAUGACUGAUGAAAGGAAUAGAAUUGAAAAAAGACAAAAAAUUGGUUGUUCACCAAAACUUAAAUUUAAAAAACAUGAAUAUCGAAAUAGAAAAGAAACAGAAAUUAUGCAACAAAAUGAUAAACCUGUUGAAGGUGUUAUCAGUGGAAAACAAUACAAAGUUCCUGAUCAAGAUUUAAAUAAUCAACUUAAUGAACAUGUAUCAAUUGAAACAUCAGCAAUGGAAAACAAAAAUGUGACAAGAAAAAUGAGAAUGUUACAUCGAAAGAAAAAUGAAGUAAAAGAAAACGAAAAACAGAUUUCAAAAGGAGUACAAAAGAAAGAAACACAAAUAACGGACAAUAGAGCAACCAAAGAAAAAAGAACGAAAGAUGAAAAGGAGAAGAAACAAAAUCAGAAGAUAGAAACAAACAAGCGAAAACGAAUGAUAAAUCCAUGCGUCAAAUUACAUUUGACAAAAGAAAAUCAGCAAAAAAAAAUGAAGAAAACCACAGAAGAAAGAAAACCGCCAGCAGAUGUAAAAGUAAAAAAAGAAGGAAUACAAAAACAGAAAAAACACAUCGGGAGAAAACAGUUCCAUUGGUCACCUAAUAUAUCACUGCCAAAGUUGAAAGUGCAUGGACCAGAUUUGUCUGGAAAACUUCAUGCAGAUGCACCUGAUGUGGAUGUGAAUGUGACUGGUCCAUCUGUGGAGAUGCCAUCUCUGAAAGCCAGUGGUCAUUUGCCUACUGUCGAUGUGUCCGUUCCCGAUGCAUCGUUGGGAGGUGAUCUAUCCGGUAAGCUCGAUUUGGAGGGUGUCGGUGUGGGAGUUGUGGACGCCGAUUUGAAUCUGCCAGACCUACAGAUCUCAGGAAAUGUGAGUGCACCGUCUGUCGAGGGAGACCUAUCCAUGCCAGAUGUUUCCGCCAAUCUGGACACAGAUGUGAAACUGCCCAGUGUGCAACUGACUGGUCCAGAUCUCCGUGUACAUGGUGAGAUGCCGGAUGUGGAUGUGGGUGCUAAGGUGGAUGUGCCGAAACCACAUAUUUCAAUCAAGACACCGAAAUUCGGGUUCGGUCUGGGCAAGAAGAAGACGAAAGUGAAGACUCCAAAGGCUGAUGUGAAAGUGGAGGGUGGAGCAGGUGGGGAUAUAGAUUUGGAUGCUGGUUUGGACGCUCACUUAGAUGGUAAAGCAAGAAAGGGAGGUAAGAAGUUCCAUUGGUCUCCUAAGUUCGGGUUGCCGAAGGGUGGUCUGAAGAUUGGUGGAGGUGCUGGUGUUGGAGUGCCGGACACCUCGGUGUCUGUCUCAGGUACGACUGGUGGUGUGGAUGUGUCUCUUCCGAAACCCGAACUCGAUGUCUCCAUGGAGGUUCCCGACGUUGGUGUGUCCGCCUCUGUGCCCGAAAUCGAUGUAUCAGGUGGUGAGUUGGGACUGACUGGGAAGGUUUCUGCACCCGGUGUGGAUGUCAGUGUUCCGUCGAAGAAGAAGAAGUUCACCUUCGGUUGGGGCUCGAAAGACAAGAAGGCGAAGAAGGUGAAGUUGCCCACAGUGUCGGGAGACGUGGAUGCUAGUUUGGAUGUGGGUGGAAAGGUUGAUGUUCCCAGUGUGAAGGUUGAUGUGGACUCAGGUGAUCGAGUCAAAGGUAAGAAGUUCCACUGGUCUCCGAAUAUCUCAUUGCCAAAGUUGAAAGUGCAUGGACCAGAUUUGUCUGGAAAACUUCAUGCAGAUGCACCUGAUGUGGAUGUGAAUGUGACUGGUCCAUCUGUGGAGAUGCCAUCUCUGAAAGCCAGUGGUCAUUUGCCUACUGUCGAUGUGUCCGUUCCCGAUGCAUCGUUGGGAGGUGAUCUAUCCGGUAAGCUCGAUUUGGAGGGUGUCGGUGUGGGAGUUGUGGACGCCGAUUUGAAUCUGCCAGACCUACAGAUCUCAGGAAAUGUGAGUGCACCGUCUGUCGAGGGAGACCUAUCCAUGCCAGAUGUUUCCGCCAAUCUGGACACAGAUGUGAAACUGCCCAGUGUGCAACUGACUGGUCCAGAUCUCCGUGUACAUGGUGAGAUGCCGGAUGUGGAUGUGGGUGCUAAGGUGGAUGUGCCGAAACCACAUAUUUCAAUCAAGACACCGAAAUUCGGGUUCGGUCUGGGCAAGAAGAAGACGAAAGUGAAGACUCCAAAGGCUGAUGUGAAAGUGGAGGGUGGAGCAGGUGGGGAUAUAGAUUUGGAUGCUGGUUUGGACGCUCACUUAGAUGGUAAAGCAAGAAAGGGAGGUAAGAAGUUCCAUUGGUCUCCUAAGUUCGGGUUGCCGAAGGGUGGUCUGAAGAUUGGUGGAGGUGCUGGUGUUGGAGUGCCGGACACCUCGGUGUCUGUCUCAGGUACGACUGGUGGUGUGGAUGUGUCUCUUCCGAAACCCGAACUCGAUGUCUCCAUGGAGGUUCCCGACGUUGGUGUGUCCGCCUCUGUGCCCGAAAUCGAUGUAUCAGGUGGUGAGUUGGGACUGACUGGGAAGGUUUCUGCACCCGGUGUGGAUGUCAGUGUUCCGUCGAAGAAGAAGAAGUUCACCUUCGGUUGGGGCUCGAAAGACAAGAAGGCGAAGAAGGUGAAGUUGCCCACAGUGUCGGGAGACGUGGAUGCUAGUUUGGAUGUGGGUGGAAAGGUUGAUGUUCCCAGUGUGAAGGUUGAUGUGGACUCAGGUGAUCGAGUCAAAGGUAAGAAGUUCCACUGGUCUCCGAAUAUCUCAUUGCCAAAGUUGAAAGUGCAUGGACCAGAUUUGUCUGGAAAACUUCAUGCAGAUGCACCUGAUGUGGAUGUGAAUGUGACUGGUCCAUCUGUGGAGAUGCCAUCUCUGAAAGCCAGUGGUCAUUUGCCUACUGUCGAUGUGUCCGUUCCCGAUGCAUCGUUGGGAGGUGAUCUAUCCGGUAAGCUCGAUUUGGAGGGUGUCGGUGUGGGAGUUGUGGACGCCGAUUUGAAUCUGCCAGACCUACAGAUCUCAGGAAAUGUGAGUGCACCGUCUGUCGAGGGAGACCUAUCCAUGCCAGAUGUUUCCGCCAAUCUGGACACAGAUGUGAAACUGCCCAGUGUGCAACUGACUGGUCCAGAUCUCCGUGUACAUGGUGAGAUGCCGGAUGUGGAUGUGGGUGCUAAGGUGGAUGUGCCGAAACCACAUAUUUCAAUCAAGACACCGAAAUUCGGGUUCGGUCUGGGCAAGAAGAAGACGAAAGUGAAGACUCCAAAGGCUGAUGUGAAAGUGGAGGGUGGAGAAGGUGGGGAUAUAGAUUUGGAUGCUGGUUUGGACGCUCACUUAGAUGGUAAAGCAAGAAAGGGAGGUAAGAAGUUCCAUUGGUCUCCUAAGUUCGGGUUGCCGAAGGGUGGUCUGAAGAUUGGUGGAGGUGCUGGUGUUGGAGUGCCGGACACCUCGGUGUCUGUCUCAGGUACGACUGGUGGUGUGGAUGUGUCUCUUCCGAAACCCGAACUCGAUGUCUCCAUGGAGGUUCCCGACGUUGGUGUGUCCGCCUCUGUGCCCGAAAUCGAUGUAUCAGGUGGUGAGUUGGGACUGACUGGGAAGGUUUCUGCACCCGGUGUGGAUGUCAGUGUUCCGUCGAAGAAGAAGAAGUUCACCUUCGGUUGGGGCUCGAAAGACAAGAAGGCGAAGAAGGUGAAGUUGCCCACAGUGUCGGGAGACGUGGAUGCUAGUUUGGAUGUGGGUGGAAAGGUUGAUGUUCCCAGUGUGAAGGUUGAUGUGGACUCAGGUGAUCGAGUCAAAGGUAAGAAGUUCCACUGGUCUCCGAAUAUCUCAUUGCCAAAGUUGAAAGUGCAUGGACCAGAUUUGUCUGGAAAACUUCAUGCAGAUGCACCUGAUGUGGAUGUGAAUGUGACUGGUCCAUCUGUGGAGAUGCCAUCUCUGAAAGCCAGUGGUCAUUUGCCUACUGUCGAUGUGUCCGUUCCCGAUGCAUCGUUGGGAGGUGAUCUAUCCGGUAAGCUCGAUUUGGAGGGUGUCGGUGUGGGAGUUGUGGACGCCGAUUUGAAUCUGCCAGACCUACAGAUCUCAGGAAAUGUGAGUGCACCGUCUGUCGAGGGAGACCUAUCCAUGCCAGAUGUUUCCGCCAAUCUGGACACAGAUGUGAAACUGCCCAGUGUGCAACUGACUGGUCCAGAUCUCCGUGUACAUGGUGAGAUGCCGGAUGUGGAUGUGGGUGCUAAGGUGGAUGUGCCGAAACCACAUAUUUCAAUCAAGACACCGAAAUUCGGGUUCGGUCUGGGCAAGAAGAAGACGAAAGUGAAGACUCCAAAGGCUGAUGUGAAAGUGGAGGGUGGAGCAGGUGGGGAUAUAGAUUUGGAUGCCGGUUUGGACGCUCACUUAGAUGGUAAAGCAAGAAAGGGAGGUAAGAAGUUCCAUUGGUCUCCUAAGUUCGGGUUGCCGAAGGGUGGUCUGAAGAUUGGUGGAGGUGCUGGUGUUGGAGUGCCGGACACCUCGGUGUCUGUCUCAGGUACGACUGGUGGUGUGGAUGUGUCUCUUCCGAAACCCGAACUCGAUGUCUCCAUGGAGGUUCCCGACGUUGGUGUGUCCGCCUCUGUGCCCGAAAUCGAUGUAUCAGGUGGUGAGUUGGGACUGACUGGGAAGGUUUCUGCACCCGGUGUGGAUGUCAGUGUUCCGUCGAAGAAGAAGAAGUUCACCUUCGGUUGGGGCUCGAAAGACAAGAAGGCGAAGAAGGUGAAGUUGCCCACAGUGUCGGGAGACGUGGAUGCUAGUUUGGAUGUGGGUGGAAAGGUUGAUGUUCCCAGUGUGAAGGUUGAUGUGGACUCAGGUGAUCGAGUCAAAGGUAAGAAGUUCCACUGGUCUCCGAAUAUCUCAUUGCCAAAGUUGAAAGUGCAUGGACCAGAUUUGUCUGGAAAACUUCAUGCAGAUGCACCUGAUGUGGAUGUGAAUGUGACUGGUCCAUCUGUGGAGAUGCCAUCUCUGAAAGCCAGUGGUCAUUUGCCUACUGUCGAUGUGUCCGUUCCCGAUGCAUCGUUGGGAGGUGAUCUAUCCGGUAAGCUCGAUUUGGAGGGUGUCGGUGUGGGAGUUGUGGACGCCGAUUUGAAUCUGCCAGACCUACAGAUCUCAGGAAAUGUGAGUGCACCGUCUGUCGAGGGAGACCUAUCCAUGCCAGAUGUUUCCGCCAAUCUGGACACAGAUGUGAAACUGCCCAGUGUGCAACUGACUGGUCCAGAUCUCCGUGUACAUGGUGAGAUGCCGGAUGUGGAUGUGGGUGCUAAGGUGGAUGUGCCGAAACCACAUAUUUCAAUCAAGACACCGAAAUUCGGGUUCGGUCUGGGCAAGAAGAAGACGAAAGUGAAGACUCCAAAGGCUGAUGUGAAAGUGGAGGGUGGAGCAGGUGGGGAUAUAGAUUUGGAUGCUGGUUUGGACGCUCACUUAGAUGGUAAAGCAAGAAAGGGAGGUAAGAAGUUCCAUUGGUCUCCUAAGUUCGGGUUGCCGAAGGGUGGUCUGAAGAUUGGUGGAGGUGCUGGUGUUGGAGUGCCGGACACCUCGGUGUCUGUCUCAGGUACGACUGGUGGUGUGGAUGUGUCUCUUCCGAAACCCGAACUCGAUGUCUCCAUGGAGGUUCCCGACGUUGGUGUGUCCGCCUCUGUGCCCGAAAUCGAUGUAUCAGGUGGUGAGUUGGGACUGACUGGGAAGGUUUCUGCACCCGGUGUGGAUGUCAGUGUUCCGUCGAAGAAGAAGAAGUUCACCUUCGGUUGGGGCUCGAAAGACAAGAAGGCGAAGAAGGUGAAGUUGCCCACAGUGUCGGGAGACGUGGAUGCUAGUUUGGAUGUGGGUGGAAAGGUUGAUGUUCCCAGUGUGAAGGUUGAUGUGGACUCAGGUGAUCGAGUCAAAGGUAAGAAGUUCCACUGGUCUCCGAAUAUCUCAUUGCCAAAGUUGAAAGUGCAUGGACCAGAUUUGUCUGGAAAACUUCAUGCAGAUGCACCUGAUGUGGAUGUGAAUGUGACUGGUCCAUCUGUGGAGAUGCCAUCUCUGAAAGCCAGUGGUCAUUUGCCUACUGUCGAUGUGUCCGUUCCCGAUGCAUCGUUGGGAGGUGAUCUAUCCGGUAAGCUCGAUUUGGAGGGUGUCGGUGUGGGAGUUGUGGACGCCGAUUUGAAUCUGCCAGACCUACAGAUCUCAGGAAAUGUGAGUGCACCGUCUGUCGAGGGAGACCUAUCCAUGCCAGAUGUUUCCGCCAAUCUGGACACAGAUGUGAAACUGCCCAGUGUGCAACUGACUGGUCCAGAUCUCCGUGUACAUGGUGAGAUGCCGGAUGUGGAUGUGGGUGCUAAGGUGGAUGUGCCGAAACCACAUAUUUCAAUCAAGACACCGAAAUUCGGGUUCGGUCUGGGCAAGAAGAAGACGAAAGUGAAGACUCCAAAGGCUGAUGUGAAAGUGGAGGGUGGAGCAGGUGGGGAUAUAGAUUUGGAUGCUGGUUUGGACGCUCACUUAGAUGGUAAAGCAAGAAAGGGAGGUAAGAAGUUCCAUUGGUCUCCUAAGUUCGGGUUGCCGAAGGGUGGUCUGAAGAUUGGUGGAGGUGCUGGUGUUGGAGUGCCGGACACCUCGGUGUCUGUCUCAGGUACGACUGGUGGUGUGGAUGUGUCUCUUCCGAAACCCGAACUCGAUGUCUCCAUGGAGGUUCCCGACGUUGGUGUGUCCGCCUCUGUGCCCGAAAUCGAUGUAUCAGGUGGUGAGUUGGGACUGACUGGGAAGGUUUCUGCACCCGGUGUGGAUGUCAGUGUUCCGUCGAAGAAGAAGAAGUUCACCUUCGGUUGGGGCUCGAAAGACAAGAAGGCGAAGAAGGUGAAGUUGCCCACAGUGUCGGGAGACGUGGAUGCUAGUUUGGAUGUGGGUGGAAAGGUUGAUGUUCCCAGUGUGAAGGUUGAUGUGGACUCAGGUGAUCGAGUCAAAGGUAAGAAGUUCCACUGGUCUCCGAAUAUCUCAUUGCCAAAGUUGAAAGUGCAUGGACCAGAUUUGUCUGGAAAACUUCAUGCAGAUGCACCUGAUGUGGAUGUGAAUGUGACUGGUCCAUCUGUGGAGAUGCCAUCUCUGAAAGCCAGUGGUCAUUUGCCUACUGUCGAUGUGUCCGUUCCCGAUGCAUCGUUGGGAGGUGAUCUAUCCGGUAAGCUCGAUUUGGAGGGUGUCGGUGUGGGAGUUGUGGACGCCGAUUUGAAUCUGCCAGACCUACAGAUCUCAGGAAAUGUGAGUGCACCGUCUGUCGAGGGAGACCUAUCCAUGCCAGAUGUUUCCGCCAAUCUGGACACAGAUGUGAAACUGCCCAGUGUGCAACUGACUGGUCCAGAUCUCCGUGUACAUGGUGAGAUGCCGGAUGUGGAUGUGGGUGCUAAGGUGGAUGUGCCGAAACCACAUAUUUCAAUCAAGACACCGAAAUUCGGGUUCGGUCUGGGCAAGAAGAAGACGAAAGUGAAGACUCCAAAGGCUGAUGUGAAAGUGGAGGGUGGAGCAGGUGGGGAUAUAGAUUUGGAUGCUGGUUUGGACGCUCACUUAGAUGGUAAAGCAAGAAAGGGAGGUAAGAAGUUCCAUUGGUCUCCUAAGUUCGGGUUGCCGAAGGGUGGUCUGAAGAUUGGUGGAGGUGCUGGUGUUGGAGUGCCGGACACCUCGGUGUCUGUCUCAGGUACGACUGGUGGUGUGGAUGUGUCUCUUCCGAAACCCGAACUCGAUGUCUCCAUGGAGGUUCCCGACGUUGGUGUGUCCGCCUCUGUGCCCGAAAUCGAUGUAUCAGGUGGUGAGUUGGGACUGACUGGGAAGGUUUCUGCACCCGGUGUGGAUGUCAGUGUUCCGUCGAAGAAGAAGAAGUUCACCUUCGGUUGGGGCUCGAAAGACAAGAAGGCGAAGAAGGUGAAGUUGCCCACAGUGUCGGGAGACGUGGAUGCUAGUUUGGAUGUGGGUGGAAAGGUUGAUGUUCCCAGUGUGAAGGUUGAUGUGGACUCAGGUGAUCGAGUCAAAGGUAAGAAGUUCCACUGGUCUCCGAAUAUCUCAUUGCCAAAGUUGAAAGUGCAUGGACCAGAUUUGUCUGGAAAACUUCAUGCAGAUGCACCUGAUGUGGAUGUGAAUGUGACUGGUCCAUCUGUGGAGAUGCCAUCUCUGAAAGCCAGUGGUCAUUUGCCUACUGUCGAUGUGUCCGUUCCCGAUGCAUCGUUGGGAGGUGAUCUAUCCGGUAAGCUCGAUUUGGAGGGUGUCGGUGUGGGAGUUGUGGACGCCGAUUUGAAUCUGCCAGACCUACAGAUCUCAGGAAAUGUGAGUGCACCGUCUGUCGAGGGAGACCUAUCCAUGCCAGAUGUUUCCGCCAAUCUGGACACAGAUGUGAAACUGCCCAGUGUGCAACUGACUGGUCCAGAUCUCCGUGUACAUGGUGAGAUGCCGGAUGUGGAUGUGGGUGCUAAGGUGGAUGUGCCGAAACCACAUAUUUCAAUCAAGACACCGAAAUUCGGGUUCGGUCUGGGCAAGAAGAAGACGAAAGUGAAGACUCCAAAGGCUGAUGUGAAAGUGGAGGGUGGAGCAGGUGGGGAUAUAGAUUUGGAUGCUGGUUUGGACGCUCACUUAGAUGGUAAAGCAAGAAAGGGAGGUAAGAAGUUCCAUUGGUCUCCUAAGUUCGGGUUGCCGAAGGGUGGUCUGAAGAUUGGUGGAGGUGCUGGUGUUGGAGUGCCGGACACCUCGGUGUCUGUCUCAGGUACGACUGGUGGUGUGGAUGUGUCUCUUCCGAAACCCGAACUCGAUGUCUCCAUGGAGGUUCCCGACGUUGGUGUGUCCGCCUCUGUGCCCGAAAUCGAUGUAUCAGGUGGUGAGUUGGGACUGACUGGGAAGGUUUCUGCACCCGGUGUGGAUGUCAGUGUUCCGUCGAAGAAGAAGAAGUUCACCUUCGGUUGGGGCUCGAAAGACAAGAAGGCGAAGAAGGUGAAGUUGCCCACAGUGUCGGGAGACGUGGAUGCUAGUUUGGAUGUGGGUGGAAAGGUUGAUGUUCCCAGUGUGAAGGUUGAUGUGGACUCAGGUGAUCGAGUCAAAGGUAAGAAGUUCCACUGGUCUCCGAAUAUCUCAUUGCCAAAGUUGAAAGUGCAUGGACCAGAUUUGUCUGGAAAACUUCAUGCAGAUGCACCUGAUGUGGAUGUGAAUGUGACUGGUCCAUCUGUGGAGAUGCCAUCUCUGAAAGCCAGUGGUCAUUUGCCUACUGUCGAUGUGUCCGUUCCCGAUGCAUCGUUGGGAGGUGAUCUAUCCGGUAAGCUCGAUUUGGAGGGUGUCGGUGUGGGAGUUGUGGACGCCGAUUUGAAUCUGCCAGACCUACAGAUCUCAGGAAAUGUGAGUGCACCGUCUGUCGAGGGAGACCUAUCCAUGCCAGAUGUUUCCGCCAAUCUGGACACAGAUGUGAAACUGCCCAGUGUGCAACUGACUGGUCCAGAUCUCCGUGUACAUGGUGAGAUGCCGGAUGUGGAUGUGGGUGCUAAGGUGGAUGUGCCGAAACCACAUAUUUCAAUCAAGACACCGAAAUUCGGGUUCGGUCUGGGCAAGAAGAAGACGAAAGUGAAGACUCCAAAGGCUGAUGUGAAAGUGGAGGGUGGAGCAGGUGGGGAUAUAGAUUUGGAUGCUGGUUUGGACGCUCACUUAGAUGGUAAAGCAAGAAAGGGAGGUAAGAAGUUCCAUUGGUCUCCUAAGUUCGGGUUGCCGAAGGGUGGUCUGAAGAUUGGUGGAGGUGCUGGUGUUGGAGUGCCGGACACCUCGGUGUCUGUCUCAGGUACGACUGGUGGUGUGGAUGUGUCUCUUCCGAAACCCGAACUCGAUGUCUCCAUGGAGGUUCCCGACGUUGGUGUGUCCGCCUCUGUGCCCGAAAUCGAUGUAUCAGGUGGUGAGUUGGGACUGACUGGGAAGGUUUCUGCACCCGGUGUGGAUGUCAGUGUUCCGUCGAAGAAGAAGAAGUUCACCUUCGGUUGGGGCUCGAAAGACAAGAAGGCGAAGAAGGUGAAGUUGCCCACAGUGUCGGGAGACGUGGAUGCUAGUUUGGAUGUGGGUGGAAAGGUUGAUGUUCCCAGUGUGAAGGUUGAUGUGGACUCAGGUGAUCGAGUCAAAGGUAAGAAGUUCCACUGGUCUCCGAAUAUCUCAUUGCCAAAGUUGAAAGUGCAUGGACCAGAUUUGUCUGGAAAACUUCAUGCAGAUGCACCUGAUGUGGAUGUGAAUGUGACUGGUCCAUCUGUGGAGAUGCCAUCUCUGAAAGCCAGUGGUCAUUUGCCUACUGUCGAUGUGUCCGUUCCCGAUGCAUCGUUGGGAGGUGAUCUAUCCGGUAAGCUCGAUUUGGAGGGUGUCGGUGUGGGAGUUGUGGACGCCGAUUUGAAUCUGCCAGACCUACAGAUCUCAGGAAAUGUGAGUGCACCGUCUGUCGAGGGAGACCUAUCCAUGCCAGAUGUUUCCGCCAAUCUGGACACAGAUGUGAAACUGCCCAGUGUGCAACUGACUGGUCCAGAUCUCCGUGUACAUGGUGAGAUGCCGGAUGUGGAUGUGGGUGCUAAGGUGGAUGUGCCGAAACCACAUAUUUCAAUCAAGACACCGAAAUUCGGGUUCGGUCUGGGCAAGAAGAAGACGAAAGUGAAGACUCCAAAGGCUGAUGUGAAAGUGGAGGGUGGAGCAGGUGGGGAUAUAGAUUUGGAUGCUGGUUUGGACGCUCACUUAGAUGGUAAAGCAAGAAAGGGAGGUAAGAAGUUCCAUUGGUCUCCUAAGUUCGGGUUGCCGAAGGGUGGUCUGAAGAUUGGUGGAGGUGCUGGUGUUGGAGUGCCGGACACCUCGGUGUCUGUCUCAGGUACGACUGGUGGUGUGGAUGUGUCUCUUCCGAAACCCGAACUCGAUGUCUCCAUGGAGGUUCCCGACGUUGGUGUGUCCGCCUCUGUGCCCGAAAUCGAUGUAUCAGGUGGUGAGUUGGGACUGACUGGGAAGGUUUCUGCACCCGGUGUGGAUGUCAGUGUUCCGUCGAAGAAGAAGAAGUUCACCUUCGGUUGGGGCUCGAAAGACAAGAAGGCGAAGAAGGUGAAGUUGCCCACAGUGUCGGGAGACGUGGAUGCUAGUUUGGAUGUGGGUGGAAAGGUUGAUGUUCCCAGUGUGAAGGUUGAUGUGGACUCAGGUGAUCGAGUCAAAGGUAAGAAGUUCCACUGGUCUCCGAAUAUCUCAUUGCCAAAGUUGAAAGUGCAUGGACCAGAUUUGUCUGGAAAACUUCAUGCAGAUGCACCUUUACCUGAUAUUCAUUUAAUAGACUCUGUACCUAAUGUUCUUUCUUCUUCUACGGUUUCUUCCUCUGUUCCUGGUGUUGAUGUUUCCCCUGGUCACGUUCUUUCUGAUUCUUGUUUAUCUCCUGAAUUCGUGCAAUCUUACGUGCGUGAUUCUGUUUUGGUUGUUUCUGAUUCUGGCAUUAUUUCCCCUGUGGUUAGUUUCAGUCCUGCUGUCGUUUCUUCGCCUUCACCUUCUGAUCCAUUCGAAUCUGUUGAUUUCCUUCCUGUCGUUGAGGAACCUGUUAUUUCACCCUUUUCCUCACCUGAAUUUUGUGAAUCCAGUACUCUUCCUUCUCGAAUUUCUCCUCGAAAUGCUUUUCAAGAUAUAGAUGAGAGCUUUUCAUCUCCUGUUGAUUCUGGUUUUAAUGGUGACAUUUCUAAUGAUGAGGCUGAAAUUGAUGAAAUUUUUAUUGUUCCCAUUCAAACCGAUCGUGUCUUACCGAAAGAGCAAUAUUUCACAGAAUCACAGGACAUUGUAGGUGCUGAAGCUGAAGAAGAAUCGUAUUCUCCUACUCAGAAUUUGAAUGCAUCAAAUGGGAUAAAAUCUGAUGAAAUUAAAUUACACAGUCCAUUUCAUAUUUUGAAAUCAAAAAAACAUGAUAAAGAUUCUGCUCAUCGAGUAAAAGUCAUCGAUGCCAACGACCAAAUCUCAACAAAUACUGAAAAACUUAAUGUUAAUAAUACUCUUUAUAGCAUCCCUGAUGGUUCAGGACGUAUUACAGUUGACAGCAAGUCUAAGAAAAAGGUGAAAUCUCAUCAUAAGAAACCACACAUAUUCGGUGGUCAAAUAUCGACUGAUGAAAUUAUUUCAGAUACUCCCAUGAAGCUGGAUCAUCAUGGAGACUACCACGACCUAAUAGGAGUAUCUGUUUCUGGUCAUAAUGCUGAUCUUGCUUUAACUCCUCGGCGUUCUCCCAGUAAACUCAGAGAUCCCUCUAUUCGGAAAACGUGGCAUGGUGCAAGAGAACCCUAUUCUGACUUUGUAGGAAGUCUCAAUUCAGACCAAGAUGAAUACACUUUAACCGAAGAUGUUUCGAUUAGUUAUCUACAACCAAGGUCAACCACAAAAUCUUCAAAUAACAAUUCAUUAAACGCUUCUGACUUUCUUCGACGUAGUAUAGGAAAUUCAACAAAACGCCGCCCUUGGAGCACUUUAGAAUAUCCACCACCUGGGUGUCAAUUUGUAGACGAUGAUUACAUGUUUCCAGAUGCUUUAACACCGACUAAAAUUCCAAGUUUUCGAGCAAGCAAGGAAAUAGUUUAUGAUGUUCCAUAUAUCGACGAUAAAGCCAUUCCACGUUAUGAACCUGAAUGGCCUAUAGGUGAAUCAAGAAGAACUUUGAUAUCUCAACUCUCGCAGAAUAGUGGCAGUAUUGUUCGAAUGACAGCUGAGGAAGAAAGCAGUCUUAUAUCACUUGAUACUAAACUCUCCGAUCAUCAGAAUAUAUCCAAAAGAAUAAGUCGAUUUACAUCACAUCUAUUGAAAGGUAACAAAUCUUCAUUGGAACAAGAUGAUGAUAAUAACCAUCGAUUCAGCAUCUACAAUAAUAAUGAUAAUUAUUAUCUAAGUAUAUUUCGUUUGCAUGGAGUCCUAAAUGGCUUGAAAUUCAACUAUUAA